CCCCGACAUCGAGCAGAGCUUCCAGGAAGCUCUGGCAAUCUACCCACCAUGUGGCCGUAGGAAGAUCAUCCUCUCUGAUGAAGGCAAGAUGUACGGACGGAAUGAGUUGAUAGCAAGGUACAUCAAACUUCGCACAGGGAAGACACGGACCAGGAAGCAGGUAUCCAGUCACAUUCAGGUUCUUGCGCGACGGAAAGCCAGGGAGAUCCAGGUGAAGCUCAAGGUACGCUACGAUCAGGCUGCCAAAGACAAGGCCCUCCAGAGUAUGGCCACCAUGUCCUCUGCUCAGAUCAUCUCACCAACAGCCUUCCAGAACAAGAUGGCUCUUCAGGGUCUCUCGAGACCGGCUUACCCUACUGCUGGUGGAUUCUGGCACGGGACAAUUCCAACUCAGACAGGAGGCCAUGAGGACAUUAAGCCCUUCUCCCAGCAGAGUUAUGCCAUGCAAGCGUCGGGCCCGACCUCAAUAACAGGUUAUGAAAGCACAGCAGGGCUGUCUAUGUCUCCAGGCGCCCCCCCUUGGCAAGGCAGAAGUAUUGCCAGCUCCAAGCUGAGGAUGCUGGAGUUUUCUGCCUUUCUGGAGCAGCCUCAGGACUCAGAGACUUUCAACAAGCACCUGUUUGUGCACAUCGCACAGUCCAACCCCAGCUACAGUGACCCGUACCUGGAGUCAGUGGACAUCCGGCAGAUCUAUGACAAGUUCCCAGAGAAGAAAGGGGGCUUGAAAGAGCUGUUUGACAAAGGGCCACACAAUGCUUUCUUUCUCGUCAAAUUCUGGGCGGACCUCAGUCUAAACCUACAGGAUGACAGCAGCUUCUUCUACGGCGUUUCCAGCCAGUAUGAGAGCUCUGAGAACAUGAUUAUCACCUCAUCCACUAAGGUCUGCUCUUUUGGCAAACAGGUGGUGGAGAAGGUGGAGACGGAGUACGCGCGCUUUGAGAACGGACGAUACGUGUUUCGGAUCCACCGAUCUCCGCUAUGUGAAUACAUGAUUAAUUUCAUCCACAAGCUCAAACACCUCCCUGAGAAAUACAUGAUGAACAGCGUACUGGAAAAUUUCACUAUCCUUCAGGUGGUAACAAACAGGGACACCCUGGAGACCCUGCUGUGCAUAGCUUACGUCUUUGAGGUGUCUACAAGCGAGCAUGGCGCACAGCAUCAUAUUUACAGGCUAGUCAAAGACUGACACAGUUACACUGUUGGAACUUGCCAGCUCUCAGACCUUUUUUGUAGUGGGAGUUAAGCAAAAGCACACCAAACAAAAGACUACAGACGCCACAGAGCUUAAAGCUGGAAUCUGCCAAGUUGGUUCAGAACUCUGAGAAACACUGGCCGCGUCAGGGUGCGCAAGAACACUACUACUGCUGAAGAAGAUGAACCGUGGAUGUCGAAAGACUGAAAAAGUGUGAAGAAGGACCAUCCUACACUGUGGUCUCUAUACCAAAGGAGCCAAACAUGGCCAACAGAAGCUGCAUGAGAGAGUUUUUGUCGGUCUUUGUGUUUAUCUAGAUCUUGUUUUAAAUGUAGAUUCUAUUACAGACAUGCAUGUGCAGGGGGUGUCGAGUUGGACUGCCUCAGGGUGCCAUCUAGUGGCUUGAAUUAAUAUUACAGCGAGAAAAAGAUUCAAGAUCCCUUUUGCACAUCCGCUGAUUACAAUUGAUGGUGCAGAUAUUUUGUGUUAUCACAGUAUUUCAGUGAUCAUGUGCAGAAUCACAUUCAUCUCUUCUUAACAAUGUUAGGAUGAGCUUAUUGCAGAAACCUGUUGUAUUCAUUUUGUUUGGCAUUGAUUGUUGAAAGUGUCUUGUGUUGUUUCUUGUCUUUGAUUGACAAAAGUCUGAGUCCAACUGAAGGCACAUAGUAACACUUCUAACCUGAACAAACUGGGAUUUGUAAACUGAAGUUGUCUGCAUAUGCAAGUUGGCCUAGAAAAACAAGCAUUUCACAUACAACUCCUGUUGCUGGGUUUUUGUAAAGUGUGGUAUGCAUCUAAUGGCAUAUACAAUUAAAAGUAGGAUUUAUCCCUAUAAACUUA